CGAUUCCAGCACAUAGUUCUUACACAUCCCGACACCACCCCUAGAUAAGACUGGUCUAGCAUUCUAUACCGUGCUAGACGUCACACGGUGUCGCCGUGUCGGGAUGAGAAUCAGCUGACACGGAGCCCUUGAUGUGUCGCCACAAUUACCGGUAAGAUAACGGGCCUCUGCGGACAGACAACUUGGCCAGUCUCGGCGUACAGACACCUUGCCAGGAGCGAUUUUAACAAAACAACAUCUGCAAGUGUGUGAACUAUUUUUCCGAACAGUGGUGUAGCCUAAUAAAUUAAAUCAGGCAGUUUCGACACGUGUUGAAUAAACACGCUAACAACACAGAGUGUUCGUGAUAAUAGAUUUUAAAACGAAACAAGUGUUGUGUUCAAGUGGUGUUGUGUUUAACAAAUAAACAGUGGCUGCUCGAAAGGUGUGACCUGUUUAACCGUCAUCUAGACCACAGAAAAUAGACCGGAAAUGUCGUCACGACGGAAAGUGCUGACAAUGGAGGAGGUGUCGUUGAUCAGAACACUUCAACAGGCAAUCAUCGUAAUGCGACAGUACGACAUCCCCAUUCCACCAACAGAGAAGAACAUCAACUUCGAGAGGGCCAUCCUCAUCAUCGAGAACUUCGUCAGGGCGGGGGGUCCUGCACCCAUCGUCAAGCGCACGAGACCACUGGAGCACGACACGAUCAAGCAGGCGGUGAGGGAAGAUUCCGGUAACCGGACGGCCUUGAGAGAUUUCUACCACAGCGUCCUCAAGUUCUCGGCUACACUACCCAAACCUUUUCAGAAUGAUCUAGAACAAAUGUUCGCCCAGUAUGAACGCCAUUUCAAGCAGUACAUCGAAGAUUUGUCGUCAAGUCAGUGCGUACUUCUGAUAGCCGGUGAGAUGGGCUCAGGUAAAUCUAGUCUAGUCAACCUCCUGCUGGGGGUACCGUUGUUACCGACCAGCGAGCUCAGGUGCACGGCUGCCAUCGUGGAGAUCCAAUACGGGGCUACACCGCAGGCCAUCGCCUACCCGCGAGAGGACAGCUCGGGAAGGUCCAGAAGCCCCCUCACACUGAGAGCAGAAUCUACAGAAAAAUCUGGGGAGCUGAUAAAAGAACUGGAGCAUUACAUCACCUUGCGUGACGAUGAAACUGACGAGAGCCCAUUUGAAAAAAUUGUGGUCUCAUGGCCGAUAGAAAUGCUACAGGGAGGUGUAACAAUUGUGGACAGCCCCGGGGUGGGGGACAACAGAGGCCUGAGCCAGGCUCUAGCCAACUACAUGGAGAAAGCUUUUGGAUUUAUUUAUGUUAUUGACAGCACCAGUGCCGUUCAUAAACACAGGCUUGGCCAGUUGUUGCUCAAAGCAGUUGAAAUCAACGACGGCUUUGAUCACAACACAACCCUCUUCAUCUGUAACCGCUGGGAUCAAGUGCCACCUGGUGACUCGGAGCGAGUCAAAGAGUCACUGGCUGAUAGACUGGGGAUGAUCUUGCCGGGAGUCAAGAAGUCGCAGCUUUAUCCCAUAUCAGUGAAACAGUCCGCAAUGGAUGCUGACUAUGGUCAUGUAAGACCAGAGCAUGAGAACUUGAUCAGUGGCCUCAAGAGGUUUCUUCCACAGACCAUGAGAGGGAAGCUCAGGUUCUACUACAGGUAUCUGGCUAACUUUUUAAAACGAGGCCUGCACACCCUGCGCAUCAGUUACAACGUUCACAAAGAGAAGGACGAGGAGAUGCGGAAAAACUACACCAGUAUAGAGGGCAGGAUCAGCUCGUUGCAGAAAAACUCCAAAGAGAAGCUGGAUAAGAUGAGGCGGGAAGUCAAGGUGUGCAGCUUUGAAGCCGGGGGACAAGCGUUGGAUUACCUCAACUCUAUGAGGAAAAGGGAAAAGAUGAAAAGAUGGUCAGAAACAAUGUGCCCAAAGAAAGAAAAGUCCUGGCAAAAUGUAGCAAAAGCUGCCAGCUUUGCCAUAGCUGAAAGGAUUGCAGAAGAAAUCAACCAAUGGGAAAACGAGAACAAAUACAUAAACAAAAUUACCAAAGAAAUCAUCCAAGGUUUCCAGCAACAGUUCUCCUUGCUUGACAACCAGCUACAUGAAAUUCAAGGGGUGUUACUCAAUGGAGAUGACAUGAGAAGUUUUGUCACAGACGCCAGAAGGGACAUAAAAAAACCAGCCAAAAUCACAAAAUCUUCACAAACAAAUAAAAAUGACCCAGUAGACAGUUUUGACAGCUUUGGAGCUGCUGUGAUUUCUUGUUUUAACCUUGACCUCAAAGAUUCCAAGUUGAAAAAACUGUUCAAAGAUAAGUAUGAUGGAAAUCCAAGUAAAGUUAUGGAGGAGGCAACAGAAAUGUUCCUAGGACUGUUAAAUGAGAAUAGCAUUGCAGCCGCUAUGGGAAAAUUCUUUGACAGGUUUAUCAAAGGCAUAGACAGAGUAGCAACCAUGGUGCCGCACUUAAUGAAGGCUGAUGAAAUGCUGCUGAAUGAAAUUGGUAAAGAGCUGGAGUCAAAUAAAGAAAAGUUGAAAGCCUUCCCUGGACUCUCCGACAGUUGCAGUAAAAUACUGGGUCAGCUCGACAUGUUCUUUGUCAGACGCCUCAUGGUGACAGAUUUCACUGCCGACAAAAUUGUCUUAGGAGAACAACUAGGCCGAGGUAGUUUUGCUGUUGUCCACAAGGCAAAAUUGAAGCAUUCAAGUGGAGAGAUACAUGUGGCUGUUAAAGAGCCACUGGAUGUUCUUAGACCCAGUGAUGUGACUGAUACAUUGCUAGAGGAUGCAAUCUUAAGGGAAAUUGAACACACCAACAUUGUCAAGUACUUUGGAGUGUGUCGUCAGGGUACGGAGGAAAAAAUGAAGCUGCUGUUUAUCAUGGAGUACUGUCCACAUACUUUAAAAGCUCGCUGUAUUGACACAGACAAUUCUCCCAGUAGCCUUGGUAACAACCCAGCCCGUCAGAAGGACGCCAUAGCCAUCAUGACCAACUAUCUGCUACAGAUUUGUAAUGGUUUAGCUUAUCUCCACCAGAAGGCUAUAGUCCAUAGAGAUCUUAAGCCAGAGAAUGUAUUGAUCACAUCACAAGGGGAAGUAAGAAUUGCAGACUUUGGUUUAGCAAAGAAGGUGAAGGACGUUGUUACAUUAUGUAUUGGCACACCUGUGUAUAUGGCUCCUGAAAUUUUACUUCUGAGUGAUAAAUACGACACCAAAGCAGACAUUUAUGGUCUGGCUAUGAUUAUGUGGGAGCUAUGGUACGGCAAGGAUUUGGCAAAAUAUGCAUCGAUGGAGGUACAAGGUGGAUUGAAGGUUGCUGUGGAUCAAGGCUGGAGGCCAAGUUUAUUUAUAGUUCAAGCUCCGACCCAAUUCUGGAAAGAGAUGAUUGAGUUCUGUUGGGACAGAAACCCUAAACAACGCCCAAGUGCAGUUCAAGUCGGCAGGAAACUAAUGCAAUAUUUUCAGGAGUUGCAAAGCUAAAAAUGGCUUGCAACUUCUAUUUUUUUCAUAUAUUUGCAUAUACAUAUUUGGAGAAAAAAAACCCACUUACUAUGGCAAAAUUAUCAGUCAAUUUAAUCCUUAAUUAAUAUUUACAUUGAAUUUACAAAUUUGAAAGUAAAUAAAAUUUUACUAAGUCAUUGUUGUAUAGAUUAUACAACCUGAUGCAAGUUCAAUGUGAUGUUGUUCAAAAGAAACAUGUCACAAUGAUUUUUUAGAAAAGGUUUUCUUAAAUGUAAGACUCUCAAAUGUUAGAAAUUUCUGUGAAACCAUUUGCUUUAAUUGAUAUGAUUUUUUUUUCUUACACACUUCAGUUUACUUUAAGUGAUACUGUUGUUUUAUUACAAUGAAUGGCCUUUGAUUGAUUUGUGAUUUUCAUCCUUAUUGUAAAUAAUCAUACAUUUUAAUUAACCACAUUGUAAAUGGUUUAUACAUAAUUUGUAGAGGCCAACAUAUUUUCAUUCACAAUGUUUGCAAAUGUAUAGGUGAUUUAAAAAACUGUGAAUUGAAUCAGAUACAUUGUUAUUUAUUACAAAUGCAUGAAAGUAUUGCUAAAAAAAAUUUUGUAUUUUAAGAACAUUAUUGUUACCAUUAACAAAGGAAUAAAAAUCAAAGGUUUCUAAAGGGGUCGUCAAAGGCCUCAAUGGCACAUAAACAAAGAAGAAGAAAGAGAAAGGUUUCUAUUUCAUGUUUUACUUAAACAGUUAUCAUAAUCAAAAUCUAUAUUAUGUUACUAAGGGUCUGUUCUUUUUGUGGAAAAGAAUAAUUAAUAAAGUAUUAUGUUAAAUUGCUAAUUUUUCAAUAAAUUUACUCAUAAACAGCAUUUUACCUGUAGGCUACUUUACUGUUUCUUCCAAUUAUAACAACAGUAUUGAUUGGUUUGAAUGUUAUUCGUUUUUUUUUAACACUGAGAUACGGAUCUAUACGAUCUAGGCUUUUGAUAAAAACAGCCAUGUAAAUGAUUGUAAACUACUGUGCAAUGCUGUUAGUGUAAGAACAAAAGACUAUUAAUAGAACGUAUGAAAUUGAGAUGGAUGUGUUAUCUCUCAUUAAUAUUAUCUUUAAUUUAAGUUCAGGUAUUUCAAUUCUUCAGUCCCUGAUAUUUAAUAAUGGUAAAUGAGAAAUAAUGCCCUAUGAAUGAAUGUUUGAUCCCAAUUGUAUAAAGAAUUUUAUGUGUGUAAAUUAUGUCAGGAUUACUCUACAAUGUGUGAAGCCUCCCUUUCCACCAUGUUCAGUUGUUUUGAGAUGACAAUUAUAAUAAAAAAUUGU